AUGAGCUUGAGACUGAGUUUAAAAGUGUGCUCGAGCCUAGCUGAGCCUGGACCUGGGCUUGGUCCUGAACCUGAGCUUGCGCUUGAGCCUGAGUCUGAGUCUGAGUCUGAGUCUGAGUCUGAGUUUGAGUCUGAGUCUGAGCCUAAGCCUAAGCCUAAGCCUAAGCCUAAGCCUAAGCCUAAGCCUAAGCCUAAGCCUAAGCCUAAGCCUAAGCCUAAGCCUGAGCCUGAGCCUGAACUUGAACCUACGCAUCAGUUUGAGCCUGAGCUUGAGCCUGAGCUUCAGCGUAAGCCUGAGCCUGCGCUUGAGCCUGAGUAUAAGCUUAAGCCUGAGGCUAAGCCGAACCUGGGCUUGAGACUCUGCCUAAGCCAAAGAAUACGCCCAAUUCAAAGCUUAAGCCUAAGCUUGUCUCUGAGUCUGAAUCUGAAACUGAUUUUGAGCCUAAGAAAAAGUGCAAGGCUAAGCCUAAGCCCAGGGCUUAGUUUUAACCAUAGUCUGUAA